UCUAACGAAAAAAAGCAAUUUUGUUUAAUAAAUCGCGAGCUAGCCUUGAGUCAAUGGGUGCGAGUUGAUUGUGCUUUCAAGCACUUUAAGAGCACACUAGACCAGUGACGCUGCCGGCGCAAACAGGUGCUCUUUAUUUCUGCGUCUCACCUUACUCUUUCUCGAUUAGUGUAAAAAUCAACGUAGUUAUUAAAACGUAAACUAAAAGUUAAGUUAAUAGGAAAUCGUUAAAAAAAUUUUGUAUUCUUUUAGUUAUAUUGCAUUUAAAAUUAAAUUAAUCAAAUUUUAAAAUUUCAUUUUAUUUAAAUAAAAUUAAUUUCGAAAUUUUCGUCAUUAAUUUAUAAAUAGCUUUGACUUGUUCAAACAAUUAAAUAUAUUUAGUGUCCGUGACGUAGAGAAGUGUGGCUGUGUGGAUCUUCUUUUCAUGUGAUUUAAUUUAGGAGAGAGGUUCAAUGAAUGAGUUUUAUGAAACACAUCAGUGUCAGAAUUGCGGUUAAAUUGCGAUUAAUAAUUGAUCACUGUCGGUAGGAAAGAAAGAACAUUUUGGCUGCUGAAGGCGUAUGAACUGUUGAAAAUUGCGGAAAAUUAAACAAUUAGCAUAAAAAGAGGAUUAGUGGCAAGCUAAAUAAUUAGUUAACCUAUAGUGCAAUAUUAAUAGGAUUAAUAGCACCGAUACUGAAUUAGAAAUACCGGUAUGAUAAUAAGGACAGUGACACGCCUACCUCUAUAUAAUAACCACAUUGCGGUUAGUGUAGAAGCUGCGCUAAUUAACAAGCAAUUAGCUGACUAAAACAUCAAUGCUGAGCUGACAAAUUUCUCCCGAUGAAACACAUACAUACGGCACCAAAACACUCCAUUGAACGACUGAAGCCAAAACUCAAGCCAGUAUAAAGGUAUCGUUUUACCAUCGAGAUGGAAUCAGCGGCCAAAAGGAAAAAAAUGUGUCGAAAUGAUUCUGCCGAAGGCAGUGCUGAAAGGGUAAUUGGCUUUUGGGAUAAAGCCGUUGCAGCAGCAGCAGCAGCAGUGAGGCUGACGUGCAUUUUGAUCAUUCACUACAAUUACGCUGGACAGAACAAAAAAGAUCGGAGCAAAGACGACUCAGCAGACUGCGAAAGGAUUAAAAAAACUUUUGGAACUUGCCUAAACACUCGUGUCCGCGACACAAGUGGCCGCAGCGAUGAGGUCCUUGAUCUAAUCGGCAGCGAAGAAGGAAUGAGAAACUUAUUCAACCUGAAUGGCGAUCAAAAACCAGAACUUUUCAUGGUAUUUAUCAUGACGCACGGAGGAAGCGAUGGACUGCUAAAAACUCAUCAUGGAGAUCAGUUCUACGUGUCCAAUGUGCUGGAGCAGUUGCACAGAAAUGCCUCUCUUGAGGACGCACUCAAGCUCCUUGUUGUUUCGGCUUGCCGUGGAGACAUUCAAGAAGAGGUUAUAUACCGGAGGGAAGAGAUGCCGUUUGAUGUCCAAGGCGUUAUUUUAAGCAGUCAGCUUGAUAUACAAAAAUUUCAAAAUCUGAAUGCAACUCAGAUCAAGAGUGUGUCUGGGAUGGAGAAUAUCGUCAUUUUGUCUUCCUGCGUUGAACGUACUACUUCCCCUCGAGCAGGUGGAACAUUUCUCAUUCAAUCCUUCUGCAAUGCUUUCGAAAGGUUGGAGAGAAACGUAGAUCUAGAAGAAUUUCUCACCAGAGUCUUGAAUAUUCACCACUCGGAAAACAAAAAGUGGGGAUACGGCUCGACACCAGAGUACAUGGUGAUCACGCAGAGAAGACUCACCUUUUCAAGGCAAAGCUUUGACGGAAAAGGCCGCGAAGAAGAAGAAGGGUCUUACAGCUGGCUGUCAGAUGCACAAACUCCUCUUCUCAAACGUGAUGCUCACGUUUACUUAAAUUCAGCCAGCAGCUCAACUCGUGAGACGGUGAACUUGAUCAAAGAAGACUUGCGGAAAAUUUUCAGCUUUGAUGUAAAAAACCACAGCAAUCUUAAGCAACUUCAGAGCUCAGUUGGCGAUCAGGACGGGGAAAAAGCUGGCUGUAUCUUCAUGCUCAUCGUGACCAUGCUUUCCAGGAAUGUAACAACUGGAGAACUUUGCGUUCUUAUGAACGGACAAAUGAUACCAAUGAAAUUUGUUUUGAACACAAUGAUCGGUCCGACCACUGCCAACUGGAUCGGGAAGCCAAAAAUUUGUGUUUUCCUGAAUACUUCAGCGGACACUGAAUCUCUUGCUAUUGAUGUUUCCAGGGACUAUCCACGAACCCAAUAUACGGUCAGCGGAACCAUCCACUCAGGCCUUUUGACCUUAAUUCUGCCGCAAAAUGAUGCUCCUGAUUUUUUCCUCAAAACGCUCACAGAUUUUGCUGCAACCAAGAAAAUAGAAAGCGGAACAUUCCAACAGUUCUUCCACGAAGUGCUGCAAAAAGCGUCGACCGCGAACGACAUUCCCCCGAUGAUCGUCAGCACUCUGCCCAAGAGUCUAGAAAUGAAAUUCCCCAAGCCAAUUGUGAUCGACAGCUUCAGGAUGACGACGCCAAAGGAAACCUUUAACGUCUCUUUAACAGAUCUGGAGCGUUUGGUCAGCAUGGCAGGCGCAAUUAAAAUCUGGCCAAACGCCCAAGCAGAGGAGACUUUUGCCAUUGACGCAGCGUCAAAGGGAGUUGUUCCGAAAGGAGCGAACCCGAUGACUCAAAUUGAGGAGCCCUCAAAUAUGGAAGUCGAAGUAAUGGCAGAAAGCGAAGAAAAUGAAGCAGAAGAGCAAGCUCCAGAGUACAAUGUGUUCUUGGUGGUGGCUGAAGCUGGCUCUGGCAAAUCGCACCUGGCCGCACAUCUGGCAAAAUUCGCCCAGAACCGGCGGUUGGUCACUCUUUUAGACGAUCCUGACAGGAGCAAAGGAUUUAAAGCUCUUCAUGAAGAAUAUCUUAACAAUCAGCCUUUUGGUGCGAAUCAAGUCUUAUUUCUCGACGCGAUCGAUGCUUUGCAUGAAGAACUGCUGGAAAAAGUGCUGAGGAUGGUGCAAGCCCUCGCCGAAAAUAAGGUGGACCUCUGGAUUUUUACGAGGCCCGAGGGCGGAGCCAGGUUGAGGGGUCUUUUCCCUGUUACCGUGAUCGAGAUCAACGAUCUCUCCAUGGAGAGCAAAAAGAUAUUUCUGCAGCAAAGCGGAUUCAAUGAUGCUAAAAUCGAACAGGUCCUGAGAAAAAUUGAAAUGGAAGACGCUGGCGACCUAAUCAGCAUAGUCGGCAACCUCGAAAAGGUCUCUUCAUUUCCAGAGCUUGCAGAUCCAGAAUCCGUCAACAUUUACGAAUUGUGCACUCACAUCUUCCAAGAAGCGGUCGAUUCGUACAUGGAGAAACGGCACGCAUCAUUUUCAAAGACCAAACGUAAAAUUCAAAUAGAUAAAAUCGAGAAAAAUCAUUCCAAACGCGCCUCUAUCUACUUCCAAGAAGACCAAGACAUCAGUGCAAACGAAACUUGCUCAGGAUACGACGUUUUUCACGUCGCCGACACAAUGGCUGCCUACCACUUUGUCAAGAAUGGCGGAGUUGAGAGUGUUGAUCAAAUCGUCGAAAUGAAAAUCGAGCCUAGAAAGAAAUCAUGCCUCAAACGCAUGAUUGUCUCCAAAAAAGUUUUUGAUCAAGAGCUCUGCUCUUAUUAAUUUAAAAAAGCAAAACUGCGGGCAUUUCGCUAUAAAAAUGUGUGCCUUAAAUUUAUCUUAUAAAAGUUAAAAAACGAUAUUAAUUAAGUAAAUUAUACUUUGCACUUAAAAUCGCAGAACUUUACAACUGUCGAGAGCACUAUUUUAAAAAUGUCAAAAAUAUUCAUCGUUUAGGUGAAUAUUUACUAGUCGAGCUGUGGAAAUUAUCCCAAUUUAAAUUUAGGUCGAAUUUAUAAAUUUAUAAUUUAGGCAUUUAAGCAAGCGACUAUGUUUACUAGAUUUGUUUGACUCCGUUAGGCUGGACAAAAAGACUCAUGCCAAAAGUGUUCUUGGCUAUUCCAAGCUGUGCAAUUGUUGAUGAAAUCUUGGCAAGUGCAUUUAAACAAAAAUCAAAGUAUCUCACCAAUUUUAAUUCAAACUUUAAGAAGAUCAAUAAUCGAUAGUCCACAGGAAAAAGCAUAGAUGCGUAUUCAGUUAAAGCCAAAAUUAACUAGGCAUCGCAUUUAGGACAAAUUUUGAUCAAAGAUGCCGCAACGUUCAAAAUUAUGCUUUUCAAUUUUUAAUUUUAUUUUGUGUAGUCUAUGAAAUUUUUAUUUUAUUGUGAGACGUUACUUAAAAUAAAUCUUUAACACUUUGUAUUAAAAAAACUGAAUUUAUUGGAAUGAAUGAGCCCUCGCCCCCUUUUACGCAAUCCAGAAAGGAGACACUGACCUGGGCCAACGCUGUCACUUCGUCAUUUAAGGCCGAGUUGACGCGCAGCGAACGAGAUAAUCUUACAAACGAGUGGGCGAGAAACGCGCGCGAGUGCCUUACUCAACGCGGUCGAGAAUCAGGCGUUUUGUCAACACUUCCAAAAUAAAUCGCCGCGCGCGCGUUGGCGCUUUUCUCGCUUCUCUGCCACUUUGUUGCACAUUUACUCUCUCGUCAGGCGCAAAGGUUUGCAACACCAAGUUACCAAAUAAUGCUUCUCAGACAGGCUCACCUGUAAAAUCUAAAUUAAUUUUCAAAAUAUUAAAAAAAUAAUUUAAUUCAUUUUGUAAGCACUGUGAUUACAAUAAUUACAACAAUUGCUCGGUUUAUCUAGAUCAAUACCGACAAUUUCUGUUCUCACGGUGUUUUGCCAUUUUCUAUUUCCCCAGGGGCAACUAAUGAGCUGCAUUAAUUAUUAUUUUUCGACGCAAUAAUAAAAAUUAAAUUUUCGCUUUCAAUUUGUUACAUUUGGCUGGCGACUCGCCCAAGCGGAUCGAUUUGUUUACAGUUACACGUGAGCGGCGCACGUUUUUCGCCGGCUGUCAGCUCCUUUUUUCCGCCGAGUCAGCCUGAAAAUGAAACAAAAUAAACGCCUCCCGCCGGCAUUCACGAUGCCGCCGCUACGUGCCCAUUGUCAGCAGAGCGACCGCAGUGUAAUUAUUGCAAAAUACGACGCUCUUUUCAUCUUGCGGCCGCACCACGACAACGAGAUCAUCUUUACACUCCUCCACGAUCCACGGCACUGCGUUUAACAACAACAGAGAGAAGAUGAAACUCACACCAACCGUUUCUCCUGUGAGAUUCAAUGCCCGGAAAAGUGUUUUAACUGUAAUUGAUCAUUUAAUAAGAUUUAAAAUUAGCAAUUAAUUUAAAUUAUAAAUUUUAGAACUCAAUAUACACUGAUGAAUUGAUAAUAAUAAAAAAUUUAUUAAAUAAUUAUCA